CCAGGUCACAGUUGGCUGCACGACACCGCGAGUCACAACCACACAAAACUACAACGAUAACACAGCCAACACAACCGCAAUUCCAACUGCGACUUCGACUUUCAGGUAGCAAAAGGUAAACUAGGUAAACAACUUAAGGAGUCGCAACACGAUGCGGAACUGCGCCUUAUUUGGAUUAUAUGCGCUGCUAAUCGUCGCCGCCUGCUGCUGCCAAGCAACAGUUGGCAAGCCGCUUCAGGAUGAUGAUGACGAUGCCACCGUGGAGCAGCUGCAGACACAAAGAGCAAGAGUCUCAAGACAACUGGCUGGCUUUGGUGGUUAUCCUGGACUAGGCUACGGCAGCGGACUGGGAGGCUAUGGCGCAGGCCUAGGCAUUGGAGGCAUUGGAGGCAUAGGAGGCAUAGGAGGAAUUGGAGGAGUUGGAGGCAUUGGCGGAGUAGGAGGCAUAGGAGGAAUUGGCGGUCUAGGAGGCUUGGGAUAUGGUGGCUAUGGCGGCUACGGAGGCUAUGGAGGAUACGGUGGCUAUGGAGGCUAUGGCAACUAUGCAGGAUAUGGCCUGCGUUAUCCUUACUCCUAUGGCAGCGGACUGUACGGACGUGCUUAUGGAUACGGCGGUUAUCCGCUCAUUUAAAUGUCGAAUCGAAAUAAAUGUUACAC